AUGGAGCUUACGCUGAUAGCCAGAGUUCGAGAUGGGCUCAUUCUGGCGACAUCGAUCGAGGGAAAUGAUCGAGGGGGUGAUACGAGCAUGGUAAAGUACUCGAAUCAGGCUAAAAUGCUGUUCAAGAAGUUGAAUGGAGCACCUGCCCAGCAAACGUUAGAAAGCGGACCAUAUGUCUUUCACUACGUCAUCAUUGAAUCGAUUUGCUCUUUAGUGCUUUGUGAUAGAAAUUUUCCGCGCAAGGCUGCUUUUCAAUAUCUUAAUGAUAUUGGGCGAGAGUUUCUCAACUACAAUGGAAACAAGAUUGACACGGUUGUUCGACCAUAUCACUUUUUAGAAUUUGACAAAUAUAUUCAACAAGCCAAGCAGAAAUAUGGGGACACGAAUCGCUACACAAUGAAUGCGGUGUCGAGUGAACUUCAAGACGUCACCCGUAUCAUGGUGACUAAUAUCGAAGAUGUCAUUCACAGAGGAGAGGCUUUGAAUAUUCUUGAAAAUCGCGCUUCGGAGCUUUCUGGAAUGAGUAAGAAGUAUCGUGAGGACGCAAAAGCUCUCAAUAGACGAUCCACUAUCUUCAAAGUCGCUCUUUCGGUUGGAAUUCUUGGAAUUCUAUUCCUAAUUUUCCGGUUUGUCAUAUUCUAA